UUGUUAGCCCGCUACUGGUUUUAGGUUGAAGCGAGACAAGUAUAUGUUUUCUCACUUCAAUUUAUUAAUCUAGUUCAGUGAUGCAGCGAAAACGAACAGACCUAUUAGUAUUUUGACCUUGUGAGGCAUUCAUUCCGAGAAAUGAUCGUCUGGUUAUACCGCGAAAUAGGAUGUGUCACAGAUAUGAGAAGAAACAAAUUCCGUUCGAUCCUAACAAUUCGGUUGUUCUGCUCUUUGUUAACUUAGAAAAAAGAGAGAGUGUAAUGUAUAACUCACGCGUUUACUUAUGUACGUUUACUAUACCGGCAUACCGGUGUGGAGACCUGUUGCGAAUAGUUUAUAGAUCAUCUGCUUACAAGUAUUGGCAAUAUAUCUUGAAGAGAAAAAAUGGCAUAUCAUAGGGAUAAGUUAAUGUUCGCACUUUUGAAGGCAGACAAAUAUUUUGAUGUUAUGGACAGCUUUCAGAAGCUCAAGACUGAUCAGGAGCGUGUGAUAUUUACUUUUAAUAUUAUAUGGGAAAAUGGUGUGAUUCCUAAUGUAAUUAAUAAGAGAAAGAAUGCCAAAGAUUCUGAAAGACUGCGGAAAGAAGGCAAUAAUAUAUUUGUCAAUUGUAAUUUGAGUGACAAUCCAUGCAUUAAUGCUUUGAAUUUCUAUACAGGCAGCAUAUCCUUCGCACCUUAUCCAUCCUUGCAACUUGCUCUUGCUUUUGGCAAUAGGUCGUUUAUUUUAUAUAUAUUGGAUUUAUAUUCAGAAUGUAUUCAGGAUAUCGACAGAGCAUUGGCUUUAAAUUAUCCCAAUGACCUGAAAGGAAAACUCUUUAUACGCAAAAUGCAAUGUCUAAUCGCAUUGGGCAAUCCAAUUGAGGAAGAUAUGAUUAAGGAGACAGAGCAUUGGAUAAGUGAGAUGACCAUGAAUCCCAAUAAACUAAAAAUGCAAGCCAAACUGGAUGGAUUGCGCAGGAAGAUCGAGCAGGGAAAUAUUCAGAGCAGUCCUGUUAGAUCAGAAGAAUCAAAAAGUGAAAUUCCUCUGCCUGUUAUCAAGUCCUGUAAUAAUGAAAUUCCUUGUGCAUCAGAUGCUAUAUUCUUGAAAUAUGACAAGCAGUAUGGUAGACAUGUUGUCGCUGCUCGUAACAUUGAUGCAGGUGAACUACUUGUUGUAGAAAAGUCCUACUCGUUGCUGGUGACACAAGAGAAGAGACUGACACAUUGUUCAAAUUGUCUGAAAGUAUGUUGGGCUACUAUACCCUGCAAAAAUUGCGUUUAUACCUUAUAUUGCUCAGAACAGUGCAGGGACAUCGCAUGGAAGAAAUAUCAUGAUAUGGAAUGUGAUAUCUUUACUAUUAUGUGGCUUUGUGAGUGUUCUGAUACUGAUUUCCUUAGUUUGAGACUUGCUGUGCAAGCUGUGAAAGAGGCUGGUAAUAUAAAACGAUUGAGAACCAUGUUGAAGAAAGUUGAUGAAUCUGAAGGCACGUAAAAUUUAUACCUUUUAUUAUUGUACAGCAGCAAAUUACGCUAUUCGCGGUAAUAUUGUUUCAGAUCCAAGAACUAUGGGUUUCUCCUCA